AUGCCGUCAUCUUUCAAGGGGAAGCAUGGAAAGAUCGUCUACAUGCUUGAAGCAAAGAUGUCCAGGAGUUGGCGGUGGCCCUCUAAAGCACGAGAAGAGCUCAACUUUGUCUCAAAGUCCCUUUCACACCAUGGCCAUGUAAUGUGUCCCCAGUCUGGUUCAGUGGAUAAAAAGACGGGGGUUUUCACCAAAGGACAGAUCCGCAUGUCUGCUGAUAUUAACAGAAAGGUUUGCUCUCCAGGACACUCUAUCUGCAACUCCUCUUCCAAAAAAAGGAAGCCCAAAUUCAGUUUACAUCAGAACAUAGUUUACCGUGCCGACGGCUCCACUAACACCAAUGACAAAAGUCUGUGCAAAAUGGUUGGAGAGACUAUCAAAGAGAGCUCAGAGGAAACUGUGUCCUGCCAAAUAAAGAUUCCUGAUGAUGUCAUCCACACUCUCACAAACUGUGAAAUCAUCUCCGUUGAACAUUACCUCAAGGUGUAUUUGGACAUCAGUUUUGCCUUUGAUUCAGAGGUGGUGUUUCCGCUCAUCAUCGUUCCUUCUCGCUUUACCACCCUUUAUCCUGAUGAGGCUAUGGGGCCUUACCCAGUUGGAGCUGCUGGGGGCCCAAGUUACAGCGACUUCCCUCCCCCUGCCUUCCCUGUGGGACCUUAUCCUGCACCCGCAGGUCCAGGUGCUUAUGGAUACCCAGCAGCAGAUCCUACUCAAUAUGCAAUCACAACAAACAACAAUAAUCCGUGGCCAUAGCAGACCAUUCAAUAUGGUUUUUCAACUGCAUCUUCAUCUGCAAUCCAGCAUCCUGGCCCUACUGCUCCACC